AUAUUGUUUAUAAACCGCCAAUCCACCCUUCCAAAGAAGACCAUGCUGAAUUCAGUUACGGUGACUCGCAGUCGCCGUCCCAAUGCGGGCUCUCGAAUGGCUCGGUUGCUGAACGAGGAAGAAGAGGAUGAAUUUUACACUAGCGCAUACGGAGGAUUUGCUGAGGAGGAGGAUGACAACGACUACGAGUCGGAGAGUUCGGGUCACGACUCAAUCGAUACAGACUUUGUUGACACCGAGGAAGAGGACGAAGGCAGUGCAAACGAGACCGGUGCUGGGUCAGACGAUGAGAAGAAAAGGCGGCGUACUCGCAGAGUUGUCACAAAAAGCUAUAAGGAACCAAAGGCAAAAAAGGAUUCAAGUGAUAAAGUGAAGCCCGAACCGAAACCGCGCAGUAGGCCACUGGAAGAGCCUUCGGCAGAACUCGCGUCAGAAGGUCGAAAGUUGCGUGCGAGCACCGUUCGUGCCCAUGUUGAGGCUGCCACAGACAAGAAGCAGUCGGGCAACUCGGAGGCCACUGCGUUGAAGCGCAAGGCGCUCCUGGCCGAGAUCGCUCAGCGGAAGAACCUGCCGGAGGUGCGACGGCUGACGCAGGAAGAGCUCCUGGCAGAGGCCAAGAUCACCGAGGAGAUUAAUAAGCGGUCGCUGGCUCGCUACCAAAAGCUGGAAAUAGAAAGAAAGAAGAUUCGGGUUCAAAAGACUGUCUCGCAACAACCAAUGAUUCGCACUCACAGCUUCGCUGUUCCAUCAGUGGCCGACCAACCUGAGGUCUAUGGCGUCGCUGUCAAUUCAGAAAGGUUGGCUUAUUUCUUUGCAGUUGUGUGCAUGAAGGCACUUCGAAGUACUUCCUCGUGCCGUUGCCUUAGAAGCAAGUGUGGUUCCUGUUCUGUUUUGACGAUCAAGUCGGUUGGAUGUACAUCUUUCUACAGUACACUGCUAAUGUGUGUCUCACUUUUCACUUGCUCGCACUUUCUAUUUUCCAGUGGUGACGUGGAAAUGCGACAAAUGCUGGUGAACCGGAAUUUGCGGUGCGCGCGGACGCUGGUGUCGUUUACCGACCCCGCCUCCUUCACGGCCACCUUCCCCUCAACCGCUCCUGGCAAACGUUCGGGUCAAGCGCCGCGCAAGAAGACCCGCUUUUGUCCUCUCACCGGCCGUGUAGCCGCCUACCUUGAUCCCCUCACCCGAACCCCUUAUGCUGAUUUGGCUGCAUUUAGGGCUCUGCGAUAUCUCUAUCGACUGCACCUGGAGACUGGAACUCCCGCUAUUGAUUUGCUCAGGCAGUACCGAAGUGGAGAGUUGCGGAUAGCCGACGACUGA